AAACUAUCAAUAGGUGGAGCAUUCAUUCAAAUCAGCUGAAACAUUCAUUUGUAAAACAUUUUUUCAUUGUAAUCAACUUCAUGGUGUAGGUUUUUGUUGUUGUUAUAUUUCUAAAUAAUUGGAGAACUAUGUCAUUUCCAGGAAACUCUCGGCUAUUGAAUCAAAUAUCCUUGUUGGUAAAUUAUGCUCGAAACUUUAAUACUUCUCAAAUCUUGAACCAAGCACGAAUUGGUACAUUUAUGCGAGUUGUUGAUAACAGUGCGCUCGGGAAACAAGCUAUGCUUGAUGGGAAACCACCAAAAAUUAUUGGUAUCUAUAGAAAACCCAGAAUAGCUGAAUUAGGCACUAAGGUAAUUGUGGCAAUAAAAGGACAAAAAAAGAAAGGAGUAGUUGUUGGCUUGGUGCGACUUCAGAAGCCAUUUGUGCCUCGUUUUGACUCGAAUAACAUGGUUCUAAUGGACGAUAAAGGAAAUCCUUUGGGUACACGAAUUUUAGUUCCAAUUCCAAAUUUAAUCAGGAAAGAAACAUAUGGAUUGAACAAAAUCAUAGCGAUUGCUACUAGAUUUGUGUAAUUAGUUAAUGAGAAAAUUAGAUAGUUAUAGAGAAUUUAAAACGAAAAUUUGUAUUAAAGUAUAAUUGCAUAAAAAUUUAAAAUACGAUGAUUACAAUGAAA